AUGGCUCUGCACACGGUCAAUGGGAGUGCGGCGGACGUCUCGGCGGGCUGUGCGCAGCAGGGGAACUUGAGCAUGGAAGUCACCGACUACAAUAUCAGCUGCAAUAACGGCUCUGUCCUCCCCAGCCCGGCCAGAGGAGUAAACGACAUGGACUCUUUCCGCAUCCUGCUCUACUCUCUCAUCUUCCUUCUCAGCGUCUUCGGCAACCUGCUGAUCAUCGUGGUCCUGAUGCUGAACAAGCGUAUGCGGACCGUCACCAACUCCUUCCUGCUGUCGCUGGCGGUCAGCGACCUCAUGAUGGCCAUCUUCUGCAUGCCUUUCACCCUCAUCCCCAACAUCCUGAAGGACUUCAUCUUCGGAGAGGCCAUGUGCAAGACUAUGUCCUACUUUAUGGGGCUCUCUGUCAGCAUAUCCACCUUCAGCCUUGUGGCCAUUGCCAUUGAGAGAUACAGCGCCAUCUGUAACCCGCUGAAGUCCCGUGCGUGGCAGACCCGAUCCCACGCCUACCGCGUCAUCGCUGCCACCUGGGUGGUGUCACUGCUAAUCAUGGUGCCCUACCCGGUGUUCAGUGUCCUCAAGUCUUUCCCCAAGGCCAACGGUACUCUUGGCCACAUGUGUCGCCAGGACUGGCCCAGCGGGCAAGCUGAGCAGACCUGGUAUGUGUUGCUGCUGUUCACUCUGUUCUUCAUCCCCGGAGUGGUAAUGAUGGUAGCGUACGGUUUGAUCUCCAGAGAGCUCUUCCGAGGCAUUCACUUUGAGCUGGGCCAGAACAGAGAGACCACCGGCCAGAAGAACGGUGUAGGAAAGGCUGUCACAGGGUCCAACGAUGAGGACGAUGGUUGCUACAUCCAGGUUUCUAAAAAACCCUCCUCUGCUGUGGAGCUCCCCACCCUCUCUGCCUCAUCUGGCGCCACCCGGGUCAAAACUGAGCGCCCCCGCAGCAACACCUCGGAGGCCAAGCUGCAGGCUAAGAGGCGAGUCAUCCGCAUGCUGAUGGUGAUCGUGGCACUCUUCUUCAUCUGUUGGAUGCCCCUGUUCUCCGCCAACACCUGGAAGGCCUUUGACCUGAGGUCAGCCUCCAAAGCCCUCACAGGAGCGCCCAUCUCCUUCAUCCACCUGCUGUCCUACACCUCGGCCUGCGUUAACCCCAUCAUUUACUGCUUCAUGAAUACCCGUUUCCGCAAGGCCCUGCUGUCCACCUUCGCCUGCUGCUGCCGCAACCGGCUCUGCCGCUGGUGGUGCAGGAGGAAGGAGGGAGGAGAAGACGGCGUAACCGCCACCUCCAUGGCCACCUCCAUGGCCACCUCCAUGUCCAAGUUUAGCUACACCACCGUCAGCACCACGGGCACCUGUUGAGCCUGCAGGAGAGAGCUGCAUGUUUCGCAUCUGCGGCUGUCGGGGCAGUGGCUACCGUGUGCACCAUCUGUUUUUGUCUGUAUCUUCUGUUUUUCACUCUUCAUCUUAAUAUGCUAUGAGUCACACACUGAGUAAUAUCCCCGCCCUCAUUUAUUAGGCCUUUUUAAAAGGUCUCCUUCAAAUUCUGUGUGCAUGGUUGCAGAAUGUGAUGCGGGGAAAAAGCUGUUUCAGUUUGGCGACAUUUUUCUUGUGUUUAAUUGGCAGCAUCCGCUUUGUUGCAUCCUGAAGAGAACAUCAAGUGCCUGUGCUCUUUGUGUGGCUUCGUUUGUCAUGGUAGUUUGUUCACUAGCUGGCAGACAUUUUAGUGAAAAACUGUGUUGAAAAUCCUGUGUACCUGUCAAUACUGUCUUAACGUUCUUACUGUGCCAAAGGAACACUUUUGACAGAGACACACUGUUGAACAACGAGGACUAGUACCUCAGUAAUUAAUCAGUAUGGAUUUUCUUUUGCGUUUCAUGUGCUUUCAUCUUCAUUCAUUAAGGGCAUCUAUCUCUCGCUUUCUCUGUGUUAUCAGAAUUAUUCUACUGAAGGCUACACAGGGCAACCUUGAAUAUCGCUGGGUCCCUAAUUUCUGAAAUAUUUAAACAGCAAGAAAUCCUUUUAUUUACACGAAGAGAUAUCAAAGGUAACAGUUAGUCCAGCUUUUUCUGGACAAGCUUUUUGUCAGCUCUGACUUAGUGUUUCACUCUUAUUGAGUUAUGUUUCAUCACUUCUUGUAUACAGCAUUCUUUCUGCUAAUAUCCAAAUUUCGUCUGAUUCCUAUUAAUAAAAGCAUGUGUUGGCUGUUUUGCAGCACUGCUCUGUGAUUCAGGCUGAAAAGGCAGGUGCAUCUUUACAUAAACAUCUUGAUGAUAAACAUCUAAAGACCGUAAUAUCGACAUCAUUUCUUGGCAUGCAUAAAUAUGAAAGCCUGGUGUUUAGAAUAAGGCAAUGUCUUCGUGUUGAUCCACCCUGCAGCAUAACAAACUGAAAUCAAACAGGCUUGGUCAUAGAACUUAAAUCUCCUGUUGCCAGUGCUACAAAUGUAUGUUGAAUACUCAUGCAGACAUUAACAUCAGGAUGUGACUCAUUACAGAAUGUUCAGGUAGUCCACCCAUGGAAGGCUGAUUGCACCUGCUAGUUGCUCCAGUCUGACCCAGCUACAAAUGGCAUAGGAAAGUGCUUCAGUCAAACUCACCUUUUUCUGCACAAUUAUCUCUGCAGUAUCUUUUAUGUACUCUCUCUGCCUUUCGCUGCAGAUCUGCCAAUUACUCUGAGCAUUACCUAAGUACAAAGAUCCGUUUCUAGGCUUAGACUAACAAGGUGAUUAUCAGGAGCCCUCUCCUCUCCUGCAGUGCAAAUCUCAUGGCUUUCCCUUUGUAAAACUGAUGACAAAUGGCUCUGCUGACGCGCCAUCUGAGCCCUUUAAUUCAUUAAUGAUAAUAACAACAACAACAACAACAACAACAACACCAACAAGCUGGAUUUAAAUAGCAUCUUUCAUUCAAAGAAUGGAGCUCAAUGUGUGCUACAAUAAGGAGAAAAUUGUUCGGCAAAAACAAGUACAAAGUAAUGUCAACAGAAGUGAUAGAAAUAGAAUAAAAUCAUAAUAGCAAAUGAAAGACAACACUUAAAGAGAAUAGUUAGACAUUUAGGGAUAUAAGCGUACUUGUUUUCUUGCUAAGAGUUAGAUGAGAAGACUGAUACCACUAUCAAGUCUCUCCACUCAAUAUAAAGCAGCUCUGUGUGCUUUUGUAAUUAACUGCUGUUAUCCUGUGAAAACGCCGGUCCGCUUGGAAACAACCAUUGAAAUGCCUCGUUGCCCCGCUGGGCGGACUCUACCCUCCCGUGUACGAGCCUGAGCUCAAUGCUCAUCGUCGCCGCCGGAGUUACUGUAGGUUUACAGGAGAAAACUCAGCAGAAGUUGCCAUUAAGACAUGAAGUAGUUUUGAUCAGUGAAAUUACCGUCCCUUCUCCACUCUGUUGUGAAGCAGUGCCGCAGUGGUGCUCGUGCACGCCUGUGUGUGGGCGGAGCCCCUGAGGCCAGCAGCUAGACAGAACCCCGAGGAGAUGCUAGGCCUACUUUCAACAAAUAACAAAUUCCCAUGAAAAUGAUUCAUGACUUCAUUCAUGAAUUCAGUCAAUUCUGCCAAAAUAUGGACGUGAUAGUGCAGCAGUGAAUAAUUUCAAACCCCAUUAAGAUAAAAAAGAUAGACUCAGAAUUUAACAGUUGGCAAAUAUCUGGAUUUGUGUGAUGUAAUACUUUUGUCCUGCACACGGUGUACGUUGACAGCUGAGUGCUGUCAUUUCCUAUAUGACUUUCAAGUUUGGUCCUCUUUUUCAUGUCCUCCCAUCGCCUAGCACUCGCUGUCCCUGCAGCCCCCCCGCCUUCCUUUUUAUUCUUUUCAGUGCAGAGGCGUAUGAAUACAUGAAUGACAAUAGCGUGUGGGUGACAGCUGAGAUUUGCAGGCACAAGUGCUGUCCGAGAGCAGUUUACAGGCUGUGGCGGAGGUAGCGGCGAGCUCGGCUUGCAGGCAGACAAUCCCCAGACAAAAAAAUCCCCAGCAGAGCCUUACUUGUAAACCCCUCGCCUGACGACCUCAACUCUGUGUGCUUUUUUAUUUUAAUUAGAAACCUUGCGAAUUUAGUGAGGAUUUAUUUCACGGUCUGUGCACACUUUCACUUUCCAUUAAACAAUAUUUAUUUACAUGUUUCACAUUAUGAAAUUGGAGCCUAUAGUUUAUUGAAAAGCAAACGGUUGAGUAUAUUAAAUUACCAUAGCUAAGUAGGAAUAAUGAAGAUAAGCUUCUUAAUUCAAAGUUGGUGUUAUUUUGUAUAUCAUGGCCUGUAGAUUUACAACUUCACAAAAUAAAUUUCAGUCUCUGGUCAUGUGCAUUAUGAAUGAACAGUGCAAAAACUUCUGGGUAACCCUGCAAACUAAAAGUCAUGGUAAAAGCCUUGCAGAGAUGUAGAGAUUUGCUCUUAAAAAUGUACUGUUUUUGUUGAGUUUUAUAUAUCGGUUUCUCUAUUCACCUCAGCCGGCCAGCCGGUUUAGGGAUGCAUUAUUAAAGUGAGCAAAGCUCCCAGAGUCAAGCUAGUUUUACUCAGCACAUUUUGUACUAGUGCAACUCAUUUCCUCACUACAGGAUAUGCUCCUGUAGUCAUUUUGAGUUGUUUAGUACGCUAAAAUCGGAGAUGAUUUUGGUCUUUUAAUCUUUUGAAUACAGAGAUCACUGAACUCUCAAAACAUAGGUGCGAAAAGUUAACAUGUCAGGUCUAUACGCUUAAUACCAAGAGACAGCCAUCAGGCACUUAGCUUGGUGUAGAAUAGAAACACUGGGGAAGGGGCAACCUCUAGCUCACCCAGUAAGAGCUGCAGCGGCGCGGGUUCGAAUCCAGGUUCAUCUCUCUCCCCCUUUCACGUCUAUUCACUGUCGCUACUUAAUAAAGGGAAAAGCCCCCAAAAAUAAUCUUAAAAGAGUAGAAACACUGGGAAAAACAACAAGCCUGCCUCUGUCAAAGUUUAAAAAAGACCACCUUCUAACACCUCUAAGAUAACUAUUACCCUGAUGUUGUGAUUGUUUUAUCCAGUGUAAAAAGGAGUUAUGUUUUUUAUGGGGGUCAUUUUUAAAUCUUUGAACAGCCAGGCUUGCUGUUUCCCACUGCUUUUCAGUCAAGCUAAGCUAAUGGGUUGCUGCUGUAGCUUCAUAUUUAGUGGUAGCAAUAGUCUCGUCUAAUUUUCAGCAAGAAAGCAAAUAAGCACAUUUCCCAAAUGUCUUAUAAUUCCUUUAAAGGCCAUCUGGAGCACUUCCACCAAGCCUCUGCUCAGUAACUGUGAAUGUCUCCUGAAGCUAACAGUCAGCUACCGAAAUCAUUUAUUUUUACAAUAACGCAGUAAGUUUACAGACUCCUCAAAAAAACAAGGUAAAAAAAGAUGACCCCCCCCAGGGGUGAGAAAUCGUAUUCUUACCCUGUCCCCAGAACAAUGCCUGAUGCAAAUUGAAACUGAAAUGAGACCGAGGCAUGGGACCGUUUGCACAGUCGGUUUCUCUCUUAUCUCUACCUCCCUCAACAAGAAACCCAUUUGGUGCUCCAGGCGGCACACAAGCAGGAAAAAACAGCAAGCCUCUUCAUUUCCGCACACAACACGUGGAACAAUUUUUUGACCAUCUCGGGACACAAAAGAAGUGACAGCACACAAUAUAAACUGCAGUCAUAUUUCAUUAAUGUCACUUUUCUGGCAGUGAAACAGUAACCCCUUUCGUAUUUGUGAUGACUUAUUGGAAUGUCAUUUGUGCCCUUUCAAGCUACUCAUUAUGAUUUUGCUCUAAGUUAACCUGUAACUUGGGGGAUUCUCAUGUUUUCACUGUAGUUGAAGGAUUACGCACUGAGGAAACUCUACUCCACUACUACUACUACACUACUCAUCUUGAGCUUUCACAAUCUCUUCCUAAAAAUGCUACAAACAAAGCUGCUUUUCUUAACUGCUGAGAUUUUCAGAUUUUCAGCCAGUAGCAAACACUGACAAAGCCCUCAUAAGUAAAUUAGAAAGAUAUUAUGUGUCAAAUAUUUAUAAUGGCUACGGGGAGAGACAGCUGCGAGUAGAAAUGUGCCUCUGCAGUUUUUUUAUUAUUUUGUUCUUCUGCAGAAUAAUUUAUAAUUGCAAAGAGUGAUUUUUGUAGUUUCACCUCAGGCACAGAAUUAAAUAUUAUGUUUUGGCCUACAGGUUCUGCACCUGAGAAAAUAAUGUGAUUUGUCAAAAUACCUUGCUCUCAUCUGUUUGUUUUCAUGUUCAUGUUGUUUCAUGUUCACCUCUUUGUAAAAAAACGUGUCUUUGGUAGCUUUCUUGUUCCCCCUUCCUUCUCAUACAUUGAGUGACAGGAAGAGUGGAGUUGUUCUUUUCACUUCCUUAACACCUUCCGAGGGAGCAUCUUAAGUGUUAACCUUUAUAUAGUCUAUGGUGUUGACUGCAAGUCUCAGCUUCGAGGGAAAAAAAUGGCACAAGUUAUCAAACUGAGAAAUUCUGAGGUGAAGAGAGGCGUAGAGGUGAGGUGAUGAAAUCUUAUAUUUAGCUUUUAUUAGCAUUGGAAAUCCUUCCCUGAUGGUGAAGCUGUCUGUGUUUGGAAGUCUACAUGUGCUAAAUGUUUACCAAAGCAGUCUCCUGGUCUGCUAACAUUUGUAUUACAUUUUGUCACAUCUGGUGCCUGCGUGUGCUACAUUGUAAUACUAUAAAUGUGUAAUUGUCUGUUAGUUAAAAACUAUCCUGUCUGUGAGAGGGUUUAAAUGUGAGGUUAUUGAUGUUUGUGAUGUUUUACUUUUACUGUAUCUCCACUAUGAUAUAGGUAUUAUGAUGCAGUCUUGUUGGGUUCAUGGUUACUGGCUACACGUACAGUAUUUUUCAUGCCAAAUGUCCAUUAUUUAACAAAAAAUAAAUAUUGGGAAAAACGU